AUGCCGGAGUUCCUCAACACUCUCGUAGCCCGCCAGUCGGAAGCAACUGCACCAUAUGAUUGGAUCCUCGCCAUCACCUUCAUUGCCUACAUAUUCUCUGCCUUCGGCAACGGCGCCAACGACGUCGCCAAUGCCUAUGCAACUUCCGUCGCUGCUCGCACCCUGACCAUGGUCCAGGUCGGGUUCCUUGCAGUCUUGACCGAGUUCUUCGGAGCCGUUGUCCUUGGUGCCCGUGUCACCAGCACUAUCAAGAAUUCAAUCAUCAGUAUCGAUCGUUUUGAGAACCGCCCGAGCGUGCUCAUGCUGGCUAUGGGCUGUGCGGAGGUCGGCAGUGCAACUUGGCUGAUGUUCGCUACAUCCAAGGGUAUGCCAGUGUCCACCACUCAGACCAUUGUGGGCGCCCUCGUCGGUGUGGGCUUCGCAACCCAGGCGCCUAUUAAAUGGGAAUGGACUGGCGGCAGUGUAUCUCAGGUCGCCGCGUCCUGGGGUAUUGCGCCUGCCAUCGCUGGAGCUUUCGCUGCACUCUACUUUGCUGUUCUCAAGUACUCUGUGCUUGAGCGCAAGGACAGCUUCAAGUGGGGCAUGCGGUUGAUCCCCAUCUACUUCGGUUUCACAGCUGCUAUCCUCGCCUUGUUCAUCACCAUCGAAGCACCCGGGUCUGACAUUGAUGCACUCGGCGCCGGCAUUGCUACCGGUAUCAUCCUUGGUGUUUGGGCUGGUGUCACCCUCAUCUGCUAUAUCUUCUUCGUGCCCUUCUUCGAGCGCAAGCUCAUUAAGAAGGACCCCCGUGUACGACUUUGGCAUAUCCCGAUGGGUCCUCUCCUCCGCAAGGAUAAUGUCCCCCUCUACUUUCCUGGCAAGGGCAACGAAUAUGUCAUCAACUACUAUGCCGAUUCUUACGGCACCGUCGCUGCUGGCGAGAAGGCCCACCACAAUGCUCCCCGGCUCGAGUCCGACCAGGAACGCGCGACUACCGAGCCCACAGUUACUGGCAAGAACUACGCUGAUGACGAGGGCAAGGCUCUUUCGGACUCGCCUUCCCCAAGCACCGAGCGUGGUGCCGCUCCCGUCAACAAGACCGGCUACGUCGCUCCCUACAAGCGGUGGAUCGUACCUGUCCAGGAACUGUCAUGGCUUAACCCCAAAAAGCUUUGGAAUUGGGGCAAGUUCCUUCUCCUUCGCGGUGUGACCAUCGACGCAAUCAGUCACAACUCUGAUCUUCUCCGUGCCAUCCACAGCCGUGCCAACCGCUACGAUGUUCGUGUCGAGCAUCUCUGGACCUACUGCCAAGUUAUGUCCGCCAUCCUCAUGUCCAUCGCUCAUGGUUCUAAUGAUAUUGCUAACGCCGUCGGUCCUCUUGCCGCUGUCUACGCCACCUAUAACUCCGGCGAGGUUAACACUCGCUCUCCUACUCCAGUCUGGCUCCUCGUUAUCGGUGGUCUGAUGCUGGGUCUUGGCUUCUGGUUCAUGGGCUACCAUAUCAUCCGCGCCCUUGGCAACAAGAUCACCCAGAUGAGCCCGACCCGUGGGUAUGCUAUCGAGCUGGGUGCCGCCACGACCGUGCUUAUGGCUUCCCGUCUUGGUCUGCCGGUCUCUACCACCCAGUGCCUUACUGGUGCUGCCGUUGGUGUUGCCCUGAUGAACUACGAUGCGAAGGCCGUCAACUGGCGCCAGAUCGCUUUCAUCUUCAUGGGCUGGGUUCUCACUCUUCCCUCUGCCGGUCUCAUUGCUGGCCUUAUCUGCCUUUUGGCUCUCAACGCCCCCUCGUUCUAG